AAAACAAAAUAUUCUAAAAUAUGAAGUAAUAAUAAUUACAAAGACUUCAGCCUCCUUCCCUCUUUCGCUGGUGUCCUCUUAUCCUGCGCACCCCUUCCAGCUUAGCCUGCGCCGCGCUUCCUCUGCCGGAUUUGGAGCUCUCAGAUCUCUCUCUCUCUCUCUCUCUCUCCACACACUCACUGACAGACACCCCAGACAAGAUUAGUCUCUUGUAAUUAGUUUACAACAACAGCAAGCAGCACCGGCGUCUCCUUUUAUUUUUCUCUAGUUUUUCAUUCCUUCAGGAAUCAUGAGCUGCUUCGGCUGUUGCGAAGACGAUGGUAUGCAUAAAGCGAACGACCAUGGAGGUCAAUACACGGUGAAAAAUCCGGCAGGAAAUGAGGGAAGUCAUCAUGCUUCAGGAACUGCACCCAGAGGAUCUCAACCCGUAAGGGUCCAGCCCAUCGAAGUUCCUACGAUACCAAUAGAUGAACUAAAGGAGAUUACAGAAGGCUUUGGGACCAGUGCUUUGAUCGGAGAGGGUUCAUAUGGAAGAGUAUACUACGGGUUGCUUAAAAGUGGGCAGCCUGCAGCAAUCAAGAAGUUGGAUGCCAGCAAACAACCUGAUGAGGAAUUUCUGGCGCAGGUUUCUAUGGUGUCAAGGCUGAAACACGACCAUUUUGUUCAACUACUUGGUUACUGCGUUGAUGGGGUUUCACGUGUUCUUGCCUAUGAGUUUGCAUCUAAUGGAUCUCUUCAUGAUAUUCUGCACGGAAGGAAAGGUGUUAAAGGGGCACAGCCUGGUCCAGUUUUGUCGUGGGUGCAACGUGUGAAAAUUGCCGUGGGUGCUGCAAAAGGGCUUGAGUAUUUGCACGAAAAAGCUGAUCCCCACAUCAUUCAUCGCGACAUCAAAUCGAGCAAUGUACUAAUAUUUGAUGAUGAUGUUGCUAAGAUUGCGGACUUUGAUUUGUCCAAUCAAGCUCCUGAUAAUGCAGCACGUCUUCACUCCACUCGCGUGCUAGGAACUUUUGGUUAUCAUGCCCCUGAAUAUGCAAUGACUGGACAGUUGAAUGCCAAGAGUGAUGUUUACAGUUUUGGUGUUGUCCUGCUUGAGCUUUUGACUGGACGAAAACCUGUUGAUCAUACACUACCACGGGGGCAGCAGAGUCUAGUAACAUGGGCUACACCAAAACUUAGUGAAGACAAAGUUAGGCAGUGCAUUGAUUCAAGACUAGGAGGAGAGUACCCACCAAAGGCGGUUGCAAAGAUGGCUGCAGUUGCCGCCCUGUGCGUGCAAUAUGAGGCCGAUUUCCGCCCAAACAUGAGCAUUGUUGUCAAAGCCCUCCAACCCCUGUUAAAUGCUCGGCAUGGACCCGCCGGUGAAUCACCAAACUUGUGAAUCUCCCGAUCUCCGUGUCUCUCUCUUUGCCUCUAUAGGUGUGUCAUGUGUGCAUGUAUGAGUAAAUCAGCAUGCAAUUAUUGUAACAAAGGCAUUGUGUUCUGAGGGUGGUGGUAUAUUGUUUGCACAAUGUUCUAUAUGCUUGAUUUUCUUCUUUUUUCCUCUUUUCGAAAGUUGUGUACCAUAUUGCUUCAUUAUUUGCGGUGUAUUUGAUUUGUUCAUAAUGCAAGGGGGUCUUUUUCUCUUA